AUGUCUUACAACUAUGUAGUGACAACGCAAAAACCGACGGCCGUGAACGUUUGCGUUACCGGUCACUUCACCUCAGCAGAUGAUUUGAACCUGCUGAUUGCCAAGAACACCAGGUUGGAGAUCUAUGUCGUGACACCGGAGGGUUUGCGCCCUGUCAAGGAAGUGGGCAUGUAUGGCAAGAUUGCUGUAAUGGAACUCUUCCGCCCAAAGGGAGAAGGCAAGGACUUGCUUUUCAUUCUGACUGCAAAAUACAAUGCCUGUAUUCUGGAGUACAAACAAAAUGGGGAAAACAUCGAUAUCAUCACACGAGCUCAUGGAAAUGUACAGGAUCGUAUAGGCCGCCCCUCUGAGACUGGAAUCAUAGGUAUUGUGGACCCUGAGUGCCGUAUGAUCGGUCUCAGGCUGUAUGAUGGGCUCUUUAAAGUGAUUCCAUUGGAUAGAGACAACAAAGAGCUAAAAGCAUUCAAUAUCCGACUGGAAGAACUGCAUGUAAUUGAUGUGAAAUUCUUGUAUGGCUGUCAGGUCCCAACCAUUUGCUUUGUCUAUCAGGAUCCGCAGGGCCGUCAUGUGAAGACCUAUGAAGUAUCCUUAAGAGAAAAAGAAUUUAACAAGGGACCCUGGAAACAGGAAAAUGUUGAGGCUGAAGCAUCAAUGGUUAUUGCAGUUCCAGAACCAUUUGGAGGAGCGCUAAUCAUAGGCCAGGAGUCCAUUACAUACCACAAUGGCGACAAGUAUCUCGCAAUUGCACCACCAGCUAUCAAGCAAAGCACAAUUGUUUGCCACAACCGUGUGGAUCCCAAUGGUUCCCGAUACCUUCUGGGAGAUAUGGAAGGUCGUCUGUUCAUGCUGUUACUGGAGAGGGAAGAACAAAUGGACGGAAAUGUCACUGUCAGAGACCUCCGUGUAGAACUGUUGGGAGAGACAUCCAUUGCAGAAUGCUUAACAUAUUUGGAUAAUGGAGUUGUAUUCGUUGGAUCCCGUCUUGGAGAUUCUCAGCUUGUCAAGUUAAAUGUGGACAGCAAUGAGCAGGGGUCCUAUGUUGCUGGCAUGGAAACCUUCACCAAUUUAGGUCCUAUUGUGGAUAUGUGUGCAGUGGAUUUGGAAAGGCAAGGACAGGGCCAGCUGGUUACUUGUUCAGGAGCAUUUAAGGAAGGCUCUCUGAGAAUAAUUCGGAAUGGAAUUGGGAUCCAUGAGCACGCUAGCAUUGAUCUUCCUGGUCUUUCAGGUCUGUGGCCAUUGCGUUCUGAUUCCACUCGUGACACUGAUGAUAUGUUGGUUCUCUCAUUUGUUGGACAGACUCGUGUGCUGAUGCUCAAUGGGGAGGAGGUAGAAGAGACUGAAAUGCCAGGCUUCGUUGAUGACCAACAGACCUUCUGUUGUGGAAAUGUGGCUCAUCAGCAGCUCAUUCAGAUAACAUCUGGUUCGGUGCGACUGGUCAGUCAAGAACCUAAAUCACUGGUUAGUGAGUGGAAGGAGCCAAACGGAAAGAAUAUCAGUGUUGCAUCCUGUAAUAACAGCCAAGUUGUGGUAGCAGUGGGCCGGGUAUUGUACUACCUGGAGAUUCACCCGAAAGAGCUCAGACAAAUCAGCUUUAUAGAGAUGGAGCAUGAGGUUGCUUGCCGAGACAUCACUCCAUUGGCUGAGGGUACUGGUAUGUCACCCCUAUGCUCUGUUGGGCUUUGGACAGAUAUUUCAGCUCGGAUCCUCAAGCUACCAUCAUUUGAGAAUAAUGGAGUGACU